AUGGCAACUAACAAAACACAAUGUUUUAUAUGUAAUAAAAACAAGAUAACAUAUCUUUGUAAAGGAUGUUCAAAAGAAUUUUGUUCUACGGAUUUAUCAAAACAUAAAGACUUAUUAGUUGAUGAACUAAAUCUUAUUAUCAAUGAUUAUGAUCAAUUUAAACAAAGAAUAAAUGAACAACACAAAGCACAGGAGUACAGAGAAAUCAUCAUUAAAUACUCACAAACAUGUAUUAAUAAUAUUGAAUUGAAAUUCAAUGAUUUAAGUGAACAAAUAAAACAACUUCAACAAGACAAUGAAUUUAAUGAAACUGAUUUAGAAUAUUUAAGAAAUCAAUUGAUGAAAAUUACACAAGAAUUAAAUAAUCCAUCAAAACCAAAAUUCAAUAAAUGGAAACAAAAUGGCAUCACUGUAGCUGGUGGAAAUGAACAUGGACAACAAUUAAAUAAACUCAGUGGCCCUGCUGGAAUUUUUGUUGAUAAAAAUAAAAAUAUUUUCAUUGCUGAUCGUUGGAAUGAUCGUAUUGUUGAAUGGAAAUAUAAUGCAAAACAAGGACAAAUCAUUGCAGGUGGAAAUUUCAGAGGAAACCAGAUGGAUCAAUUGAAUCGACCAACAGAUGUGAUUGUUGAUCAAAAAUAUUAUUCAAUCAUUAUUGCCGAUCAUGGGAACAGACGAGUGAUCCAAUGGGGGAAUAAAAAGCAACAAAUUCUCAUCAACAAUAUUGACUGUGUGGGCUUGGCAAUAGAUAAACAUGGAUUUAUUUAUGUUUCUAAUAAUGACAAGAAUGAAGUGAGACGAUGGAAAAUGGGAGAAUAUAACAAUGAAGGGCUUGUAGUGGCAGGUGAAAAUGGACAAGGGAAUCAAUUCAGUCAACUUAAUCGUCCUACUUUUAUCUUUGUUGAUGAAGAACAAGCUGUUUACGUAUCAGAUCAAAAUAAUCAUCGUGUGAUGAAAUGGAGAAAAGAUGCAAAAGAAGGAAUUGUUGUUGCUGGAGGAAAUCUCAAUCAGUUGUAUUAUCCUGAAGGAAUAAUUGUGGAUCAUUUAGGUCAAAUCUAUGUGGCAUAUAGUGGGAAUCAUCGAGUAAUGGGUUGGUGUGAAGGAAAAGAAGAAGGUGAAAUUGUUGUUGGUAGAUAUGGCCAAGGAAAUCAACCAAAUCAAUUGAAUAAACCCACUGGUUUAUCUUUUG